AUGAAGCAGGCGAUGAGGCAGGUGCAGGACAUCCUCCUCAACGGCAAGCAAUCUUAUUACUCCUCUCGCGGCGCCGCCCGGCUCCUCGUCGGCCACGGGCUGGAGCACGACCUCGACGCGCUCGGCAUGGACUACCCGGCGCACCUGAAGAGGGACACGGCGGUCUACCCGCCGCUGAUGAAGACCAGCGCCAGGCUCAUGAGCAACUCGCUCCGGUAUCUCACGCGGAGCUGCCUGGGCUAUGACAUACAGACCGGCGGCCACCAUCACCCCUACGACGACUGCAUGGCCGCCAUGCGCCUGUACAAGAGGAUGCGCGCCAUGAGCCACCUGCACGGCCGGCCCAAGGAGGACGAUGAUGAGUCCACGGCCAAGGCCUUCCCGGCGUGGAGGCAGCGAGAGCUGGAGCGCAUGUCGCCCGAAGAGCUCCUCGGCAUGUCCAAGCCCGACUACCAAUGUUGGUGCCUCGACGACGACCGGCGAUGCUGA